AUGGCCGAGGCGCAGUCGGCUACUGCCAGUAAGGGUAACAGUAAACUUGGCUAUACCACAUUCUUGACGUUUGCCAUCUUAUCAUUGGCAUGGAUUGUUGGAUUUGCAUCUCGUUUGUUCGCCAUCGUCAGAUUCGAAUCGAUUAUUCAUGAAUUCGAUCCAUGGUGAGUUUCUUCAUGUUGUUAUAGAUGUUUUGAGUUUAGGUUCAACUACAGAGCGACAGCUUAUAUGGUCGAAAAUGGGUUCUACAAGUUCUUGAACUGGUUUGAUGAACGAGCAUGGUAUCCGUUGGGCAGAAUUGUUGGUGGAACGGUAAGAAUUUCGACCGAUAUCUUUGUUGUUUGAUUUUUAGUGUAAACCUGCUGAAUUGGGACCCUCAAACAAUGAGUUGUUUCAGGUAUUCCCUGGUUUGAUGGUAACUUCGGGCUUCAUUCACAACAUUUUGGACAACUUGAAUUUUCCCGUUCAUAUUCGUGAAGUUUGUGUCUUCUUAGCACCGUUCUUCAGCGGAUUGACUGCGAUUGCCACUUAUUUCUUGACAAAAGAGGUUUGGUCAGCUGGAGCUGGUCUUUUCGCCGCCUGCUUCAUUGCUAUAGCACCUGGAUACACAUCUCGUUCAGUUGCUGGUUCGUAUGACAACGAGGGUAUUGCUAUCUUUGCUCUUCAGGUAAUUAUUAUGCUUUUUAUUUUUUUUUUGAUUUUAGGUAACAUGAUUUUUGUGAUAACAACAUAAAUUUGUCUUUCGAUUUUAAAUUGAAAUUUUAAAGCUACUAUUUUUAGUUCACAUACUUCUUAUGGCUUCGUUCAGUAAGAACUGGAUCCGUCUUCUGGGCUGUUUUGACCGCAUUGUCGUACUUUUACAUGGUAUCAGCCUGGGGAGGAUAUGUUUUUAUUAUCAACUUGAUCCCAUUACAUGCCUUGGUGCUCAUUCUGAUUGGGAGAUACUCAAACAGACUCUAUGUUGCUUUUACGGUGUUCUACUGUUUGGGUGAAUUGUUGGCUAUGCAAGUCCCUUUCGUUGGAUUCCAGCCAGUUAAGACUUCAGAACACAUGGCUGCCUUUGGUGUAUUUGGACUGUUACAGGUAGGUUUAUGGUCAUAUUGUAAUGGCAAUUAUUCAUUUAUUAUUUUUUUUUAUUCAAAAAAGUUAAUUUAAAACCCAUUUAUUUUCAGCUUGUCGGAAUCCUAAAAUACAUGCAAAAUAGAAUCAACCGCCAACAGUUUCUGGUUCUUUUCACUGCCGUUGUCAGUUCAACAAUUGUACUAGGAUUCCUCGGAAUUGCUCUGCUGACUUACACUGGAUAUAUUGCUCCAUGGUCUGGCCGUUUCUACUCGCUGUGGGAUACCGCCUAUGCCAAGGUACACAUCCCAAUCAUUGCUUCGGUAUCUGAACAUCAACCUACCACUUGGGUAUCGUUCUUCUUUGAUCUUCACAUUUGUGCGGCUGUGUUCCCAGCUGGUCUGUGGUUCUGCUGCCAAAAUGUCACUGAUGCCAGAGUUUUUGGUGGGUUUUAUAAAAACUUAAAAUUUAGGUAUUUAAUUUAAUGUAUCUAACCAUUUUUUGUAUGUUUAAUUGUAUAAUCCUGGGUUUUUGAGUUAAAGAGCCUAACAUAUUUUAUUUUCAGUGAUCCUGUACGCCACUACUGCCGCUUACUUUGCCGGAGUCAUGGUCCGUCUUAUGUUGACCUUCACUCCUGUUGUUUGUGUUCUUGCUGGUAUCACUUUCUCGGUCAUCUUCGAGAAGUACAUGCUUGAUGACAGUCAACCAAGGAAGGAGGAGAACAUUAGUGAGAAGAGAUUGUACGACAAGGCUACCAAAUCAAAGCCUCAACCAAAAGUGUCACACGAAGCCGAAGAUAUUGGAAUCAAUGGAAGAAGCGGAGUCAGCCUGGCUUUGCUCUUCAUCUUGUUGAUGUAUGUUGCUCACUGUACCUACGUUACCAGCAAUGCCUACUCUCAUCCAAGUGUUGUGCUACAAACCUCGACCAGCGAUGGGUAAGAUUCGAUUUACGAUUUUUUGUACAAAAUAGCAAUGUAACGUUUCACAUAAACGUAAAUUUAUUUUACUGCAAAGUAAAAAAAUUACCAAAAUUGCAAAUUUUAAGUAUACUAAUUUUAGCGGCCGAUACAUUAUGGACGACUUCCGUGAAGCCUACUACUGGCUUCGCAAGAACACCGACGACGAUGCGAAAAUCAUGUCGUGGUGGGAUUACGGUUACCAGAUUGCUGGUAUGGCCAACAGAACCACAUUGGUCGACAACAAUACCUGGAACAACUCCCAUAUCGCCAUGGUAGGAAUGGCAAUGUCAUCAAACGAAAGUUUCUCAUACGAAAUCAUGAAGUCAUUAGACGUUGACUAUGUUCUAGUUAUCUUUGGUGGUAUGAUCGGAUACUCGGGUGAUGAUAUCAACAAGUUUUUGUGGAUGGUCAGAAUCGCGGAAGGAGAACAUCCAAAGAUCAUCAAGGAAAGCGACUACUUUACGGAAUCUGGAGAAUAUAGUAUGGGACCAAAUGCUCCAAAAGCCAUGACCGACUCUAUCAUGUACAGAAUGUCGUAUUACAGGUUCGGAGAAGUCAGAGUAAGUCAAAUUUUAAAAAAGUUCUUUUUUGUGAGGGGACUCAUAUAGGAAGCAAAGUAAUGAUUUUAUAAUUAUGCACGAGAUGUUUUUGAUAGUAAAUUGAAUGAAUAACUGUUUUAAUAUUAUAAUGAUGAGGAAUGAUAACAAUUACCAUCUAAUAUUAAGAUGAGCUUCAAUCAUCCCGGUGGAAUGGACAGGACUAGAGGAUACGCAAUUGGAUUGAAGGACUUCAAACUAGAACAUUUGGAAGAAGCCUACACGAGCGAGAACUGGCUGGUCAGAAUCUUCAAAGUGGUCGAUAAGAACAACCGACCGAAAGUCAAAUAUUCCGAAAGGAAAAUCAAGGGAAAAAAGUCUCCCACAAAUAGCAAAAAGGUAAGCAACUUGAUGUAUGUUAUCUAAGAUACGUUUUGCAGAAAGGUUGUUGAAAAACGGAAAACAUUGAUUCAGAUUUUGGCUUUAAAUCCACAACUUUACACUGAUUCUUCUAUAAUCACUACUUUAUUAUAACUCAUUAUGUUACCUUCAUUUCAGAGCAAGAGUAACAAAAAGGGCUCAAUAAAGGCUUAA